UUUAUUUAUUUUUUAAUAAAAAGAGCGAUUCAUUCUAAUUUCUGGCAUAAGGUAGAAUAUAAAGCGGGAACUGUAAAAGCAACACCAUUGGAACAGGUAGAUAAUGCUAGCAUCUUAUUGGUUAAAAUCAGUCACAUGGUAAUACUAUAUAAAUACAUUGUUGCCGGUACUAUUACCGCCAUUUCGUUCUAAUCCACGCACGGUUUCGUUUGCGCGUAGCUGCAUUCUACUAAUUUCCUUCUAAUUUGUAUAUUUAUUUAUUGAUAUACUUAAAUUUAAUAUAUUGCUUCAUAAUCUCAAGAAGCAUUAACUUAUUCUCAUCUAUUUAUUAAUUCUGCUAUUUAGCUAUAAACUAACUUAAUUUAAAAUGCCGGCUACUCGUUCUAGAACAAGCAGUGCUGAAGUUGCUGCCGAAGUUAAAGAAUCUCCAAAGAAGGAACUUAAAACUGAUGCGCCUGUCGAAGAAAGCCUUAAAGCAGACAAAAAGGUUGAAGAAGUUGAAAAAAAUGAUGUGAAAGCUGAAGCAGAUUCCAGCGAUUCUGUUGUUGAAAAAGAAGAAAAUGGAGAGGCUCAUGAUAAUUCCGAAGCAGAGGCUGUAGAGGAGGAAAAAGUAACAGAAAAUGGUGCUGCACCAGUAGAAGAAAAGGUGGAAGAAAAAGAAGCUGAAGAAAAGAAAGAAGAGGUUGUUGAAGAAACAAAAGAGGAAGAGAAGCCUGCCGAAGCUGAAAAACCAUCGGAAGAGGCAAAUGGUAAAGAGAAAAUGGAAGUUGCCUCAGAAGAAAAUGGAGUGAAACGAAAAGCAGAGGAUGAGAAAGACGCUGUUGAAACUAGUCCUAAAAAGAAGAAAUUAGAUGAAAAUGUUGAAAAAGAAGCUGAAAAGCCAAUUGAAGAAGCUGUGCCAGCUGUUGAAGCUAGUGCAUAAGCAGGUUAACAUUGUGUGUACAUUUUACAGUGUAAGUUUAUUUUGUAGAUGAAUCUGCUGAUUUUGGUUCAAGAAAAGCAUAUGCUUUGGGUUGUGCACAGUCUGAACUAUUUCACGAAUUUUCAAUUUAUGCAUUUAUUUUGCAAUCCUUUUUAUUAUAUUCCGUUUUGAUACAAUUUCUUCAGUGAUGUUUUUUUCAUACUGUCACAUUUCUCAUUAAUUUUUUUAACGUGUUAACUAAUUUUGUAAAAUAUGCCAGCAAGGAUAAUUUUUCACGUGGAACAAUGUCAUUUUCAUUUCAAUAUCAUCAUAUGUAUCAUUGUCUUCCGUCAUUUAGUAAUUAAAUAAUUCAUUGUUAAA